AUGCCUUCGCGAAUCUUGUUGGGAGUGCCCAGGACUCUGUCGUCGCGAUCGGCAGUCAUCAUUCGCACGCGACCUCAACAGCGGUUUGCUUCGAACUCCGCAGGCGCUCCAGAAGUCUACGAUGUCGUCUGUGUCGGCGGCGGUCCCGCAGGAUUGAGUCUUCUGGCGGGACUGAAAGCGUCCCCCAUUACGAGCGGAUUAAAGAUCGCUCUGAUUGAAGGUCAAGAUCUAAACAAAAAUCGAUUGCAAAAGGAUGCGACGCUGGACAGCUUCUCCAACAGAUGUAGUUCGCUAACGCCAGCUUCAGUUAGGAACCUGCAGGAAAUUGGAGCAUGGUCCCACGUCAAUGCCGCCCGAGUACAGCCAUACCAGGAGAUGCAGGUAUGGGACGGAGUGACUGAUGCACGCAUCUCCUUCGACUGGGACAAUGCCCGCCCACUCCUUACGCCUCGCAAUCCCGCAAGACCCACCACUAUCGCAUAUAUGAUUGAAAAUGUCAAUACUGUCUCGACCCUCCUCAGUCGAUUGGAGGAAUUGGGAGGCGUCGACUUCUUCAUAUCCUCCAAGGUCGACUCCAUAGACCUAGGCUCCUUGUCGGUGCAGACGGCGCAAACAGCCCCGUACGCACCUUUGCCGGCAUCGAGUCACGAGGCUUCGACUACGCCCGCCACGGCGUUGUAG